GUCAACAUUUCUUUUGAUUUCUGGCAUCAGUGACAAUAGCUAUUGAUGGAUAAAUGAUAUGUUAAAGUGCAUUUAUGUUGGGUGAUGUGUCACCAAUCAGUAUGUCUCCCAUCAGUCAAUCUCAGUUUAUUCCACUCGGGGAAAUCCUUUGCUUGGCCAUCUCAGCAAUGAACUCGGCACGAAAACCUGUCACCCAAGAAGCACUGAUGGAGCACCUGACCACAUGUUUCCCAGGUGUUCCCACCCCAAGCCAAGAAAUUCUACGGCACACCCUGAACACACUGGUACGGGAGAGGAAAAUCUACCCAACUCCAGAUGGCUAUUUCAUCGUGACCCCACAGACUUAUUUCAUAACUCCUUCCCUCAUAAGAACUAACAGUAAAUGGUACCAUUUGGACGAGAGGAUACCUGACAGGUCUCAGUGUACCUCUCCACAACCCGGAACCAUAACACCCUCUGCCUCAGGCUGUGUCAGGGAAAGGACAUUACCCAGAAACCACUGCGACUCUUGCCACUGUUGCAGAGAAGACAUGCACAGCAUGCAUGCAUCAACUCUGCAGAGGAAACCUGCCAAGGACUGCAAAGACCCUUAUUGCCCUCCUUCACUCUGCCAGGUACCACCCACUGAAAAGAGCAAAAGUACUGUAAAUUUUUCUUAUAAGACAGAAACUCUCUCAAAACCUAAAGAUAGUGAAAAGCAGUCCAAAAAAUUUGGGCUCAAGUUAUUCCGGCUAAGUUUUAAAAAAGACAAGACCAAACAGCUAGCCAAUUUCUCGGCCCAGUUUCCUCCUGAAGAGUGGCCCCUGCGAGACGAGGACACACCAACUACUAUCCCUCGGGAAGUGGAAAUGGAAAUCAUUAGGCGUAUUAACCCGGACUUGACCGUAGAAAAUGUCAUGAGGCACACUGCACUAAUGAAGAAACUUGAAGAAGAAAAAGCUCAUAGGAGUAAAGCCGGGUCCUCGGCCCAUCACAGCGGAAGAAGUAAAAAGAGUAGGACUCAUCGAAAGUCCCAUGGGAAGUCUCGGUCACACAGCAAGACACGAGUGUCUAAAGGAGACCCAUCAGAUGGUUCUCAUCUGGAUAUCCCGGGUGAUCGAGAGUAUGACUUUUGUGACCCUCUUACCAGGGCUCCCAGGGAGGGCUGCUUCAUCAUUGAACACAAAGGAGAGAACUUCAUCAUGCAUAGCAACACGAACAUGAUCGAGCCUCAUUUCCCCAUGACACCAGAAUGGGAUGUAUCGGGGGAACUGGCCAAAAGGAGAACUGAGAUGCCUUUUCCUGAACCUUCCAGGGGGAGCUCCCAUUCAAAAGUGCACCGAAGCCACAGCCAUACCCAGGACCGACGGUCCAGGAAUGAGAGGUCCAGCAAAGCCAAGGAGAGAUCCAGGUCCAUGGACAACUCCAAGGGCCCUCUGGGUGCUUCCUCUCUGGGGACGCCUGAUGACCUGGCUGAAGGCUGCAGCCAGGAUGACCAAACCCCCAGCCAGUCCUACAUUGACGACAGUACUUUGAGGCCUGCACAGUCUGCUGGUCAUCAAAGGGCUCACAUUUUGUCCACAAGCUAUAAAGAGGUGUGUAUUCCAGAAAUAGUCAGUGGCCUCAAGGAACCUUCCAGUGCUUGUAGCCUCUUGGAGCCAGGCAAACCACCCGAGAGUUUACCAUCGUACGGUGAACUCAACUCUUGUCCAACCAAAACAGCUACGGAUGACUAUUUCCAGUGUAACACCUCCAGUGAGACGGUACUCACUGCGCCCUCGCCUCUGGGAAAGAAUAAAGACGACCAUGACACUAUGACCCUGGCAGAAGGGGUGAAAAAGCUGCCUCUAUCGGAUAGACAGGCCCCGCAUUCCUCUAGGGAGCCUGUAGGGCACAAGGAGGAGUCGCCAAAGGGGCCAGGCGGCGGACUGGCUGCUUCAGGCACAGCGGCCGAAGGGAUUGCCAAUGGACGCCUCAUCCAGCAUCACAGCGCUGAGCCCAGCAGCCUGGACAAGAGGAAAGAGAUAUUCAGCAAAGACACACUGUUCAAACCUCUUCACAGCACCUUGUCUGUAAACAGCUAUCACAAAUCCAGCCUGUCCCUCCUCAAAUCUCACCCGAAGACACCUGCCGACACACUGCCAGGCCGAUGCGAGAAACUGGAGCCGUCUCUGGGGACCUCGGUGGCACAAGCCAUGCCAGCUCUCCAGCGUCAGCAGGAGUCAGGGGGGAACCAGGAGGCCUCUUUUGACUAUUACAACGUCUCUGAUGACGACGACUCUGAGGAAGGGGCAAACAAAAACACCGAGGAAGAGAAAAACAGAGAUGAUGUAGGCACCAUGCAGUGGCUCCUCGAGAGGGAGAAGGAAAGAGACUUGCAGAGGAAAUUUGAGAAGAACCUCACCCUUCUUGCCCCCAAAGAAACGGACAGCAGCAGCCACCAGAGAACCACCCACUCGGCCCGUCUCGACAGCAUGGACAGCAGCAGUAUCACUGUGGACAGUGGAUUCAACUCCCCACGCACUCGGGAGAGCCUGGCUUCCAACACGUCAAGCAUUGUUGAAAGUAACCGUCGUCAGAACCCUACCUUGAGCCCGGCCCAUGGUGGAGCUGGCCCGGCCUUCAACUUCCGAGCAAGUACGGACCCCCCAACAAAUGAAGCUGAGAAGUUACAGAAACCCUCCAACUGCUUGCAAGCUUCUGUUACUAGUGUGUGAUAGUCGUUCUGCCUCAGAUCUCCUGUCUCAUUCAAUACAGCCAAGUUUACGACACUGGGACUGAUGUUUACAUCUUUGGAAAGACAAGCAUCUCAACCACAGUUUUUGUGUUUACUUAAACUGUGCUGCUAAGUAGGCUAGAGCAAAACACAAAAAUCUUUCUUUCAGAGUAUUGUUUUUCACAUUGAUGGCUCUGUAGCAACAGAAUAGCAGUAGGGGUGACAUGUACACUUUUGCUUCACUAAUUGUAACUGAGCACACAUAGGAAAGUCUAGACACUGUAAGUGUAAUAAGCAUUUUCAAUGUCAUGCAGUUGCCAAUUCCACUUUUAAAUGCCACAGAUGUGUGUUCCUCCCAGUCUGUGGGCAAAUGAUGCCACAGAACUGAUCCUUGACACUUCCAAACAAACAAACAACAAAAAAAACGAAGCCACCACAAAAUGUCAAAUGCAAGGGCCCACCUUGAGAGAAAUCAAUGCCAAACUGACGAGAAGGGACCCCAGCCCUUUGUGUGUGAAUUGUUUAUGCACCAGUCAUUUUUCACUGUGAGUUUUUGUGACAUGAUUCUGCAGAAGCCCAUGGAAGUGUGUCAGAAGGGGUCAUGAUUGAAAUACUGGGAGUGUUUCUUUUCAGGAUUUUGUUUUUAAGUGUAACAGAUGCUUGUCUGAUUUUCAACCUUCCGUAAUCACAAACAGGAAUAUAGGCCUUUGAGUCUGAAGUGGAGAAAAAGGAAGGGGGUCCCCAGCCUGGCUGGGGCACAGCACUAAGUGAUGGAAGAGAUAAUGUGGACUUUUAAAAGGUGUUAGUCAGAUAGGUAAGGAAGAUCAUUUCCUCUUUGGGAUACUUAUGGUGAUCCUAUCUUAAUAUAAUAGAUACAAUAAUUAGUUUGUUUAAAAGCAGAAUGUUCUUUGUGAUACAAAUGAAGAGUAUGGCCUGGGGAUGUUAUUCUUUCUAAUGGAAGGACAUAAAUCUAUUUUAUGUAGUUUUAAAUAGAAUGCCUAAAUUAGGCUGUGGGAGAUGAUUUUUAGUGGUUAUAGGAAAGAGCAAAUUUAGGGAGAGUUGAACUUCAGGCCUUUUAUUCCUGGGAAGAUAUCUAUAGAGAAAACUUUAAAAUAAUUUUUGAUCAGAAAUAUACAUGUGCCCAUGUAAUUAACAACAGAAUAUGCUCAUUCUGCAAGUGUGGUAUAAUUCCAACUUGUACUCCCCUAAAAUUUACCAGAAUAACAAUUAUGCAUACAUGAACUAUGCCAGAGUAAUGUUUACAGAUACUUUGUAACCAAUUUCAGGAGGCAUUUUUAGGUGGAUGUAUGGUUAUUAGCCCAACUUAUUUCAAAAUGGUUUAACAUUUGGCUUUGGUUUACAAUGUCAUGUUGAAUACAAAGCAGCCGGUCAGCAGCAAAGUGAUUACAAACAAUCAAGCUUUCAACCUUCUAGAAAAGAGACUUUUCAAAGUUUCUUGUGUUUUAUGAGAACAAUGGAAUAAAUCUGUAGAUAAUGGAAAAUUAUUUGCAAAAGGGUUACAUAUGACACAAAAAGUUUUGUUUAGUGGCAUGUGAUGUUUGCAGCCAUGUGCCAUAAAAUAUAUAUCCCAAAAUAAAUCUAAACUAUUUUCUCCUCAGAUUUCAGUGAAUGGCAUAAAGUUUGUGAGACUUCUGCUUCAGUAUUUAGGUUUAAUCACUCACAAUCUAUUUAAAGAAUGCAGUCAUAUACAUUGUUGAACUGAUUCUUGAAACAUUUGGGUGCUCCCUCAUGCUUUUUCAGGUAUUUUGGAAGUUACAUUGGGAACUGGACUCAUUGAGUCUAGUAUAGAUUUCUUUUUUUGUGCUUAGAAUGAAACAUAAGCACAUUUCUUGGUAAACUCCCACACCACUAAAACUUAUUAAGUUAGCUUUCAGUGUCAUUCCUUAUUUCUUCCAAGGCAUGCCUUGAUUGUUCAGAAAUGCACUAUUUGUCUCAUUGCUUAAAAAUACUUCCAGAAGGAAUGAUAAUGUACCUAAUAGACUAUAUACAGAAUCUGUUUCCUUGGGGAGUUGUAUAACAUACGGUUACUAAAUUCUUCUGUCUAAAUUUGUUUUUUUCCCCCAAAAAAAACCUGCUCUCAAGUGUUUAUCAUACUCUCAGUCCAUAAAUAAUAUAACCAUUGAAACAAUACAUCAGCCUCUAGUUGAUCCUCUGAAAGUAGCCAUUAUAAUAAUCAAAUGCUGUGUGAACAGGAAAGGAAAGCAUUACAUUUAGAAGCUUUAAAAUAUGAAUUUAUCAAUAUUUCACAAGAAAUAGGUUUACAGAAGACAUUAUUCAAAUAAAAUGUGUACACUAUUUGCCUGAUGCUAUGGGGUACAUGAUUUUAAAAAAAAAAAGAACUCCCUUAGACCAGCAGCCAUUAGCGUAGAAAUGAUGGACUUUAAAGAUGACAUGAGGUAAGCAGCCAUUCUAUAUAGAAAUAUCCCCCGUCUAAAUCUAUUUGGGAUUCCUGAAUGGGGGAGGAGUAGUGGCAAGAAGCACAUUACAAAUGUGACCCAGUGGUCUAUGGUGAUUUUCGGGGACCAAACACUUGGGCCGCUCCAAGCUUCGCCAACAUCUUUUUCCUCCAGUGAAACGAUAGCUUUGUGUUACUUGGCUGCUUAUCUAGUCUUCACUUAGUUUAUCAAUCGAAAGGUUUACAAAACUGAAUCUGGUUGAAUCUCUGUGUAGCGUUCAACUUUAAAGGGUCAACCCAUCUGUCGGCAUUUUGCACACUUAUGUAUUAUUAUGAUACAGCAUAUUACUUUAUGGUAAUUUUUAUUUUUACAUAUAACUACCUCCAUAAAUUUGAUGAAGCGGCAGCAGUGUGUUAAAGUGUAUUGUUCAGAAAAGCAAAGUUUAAAACUUUAUCAUUAGGCCACGGCGUUCUGUGUGUGUGUCAGUGAUUUGCCUAUGUGGACUCAUGACUUUUCCAUUGCCAUGUUUUUUUUUACAGCAUUAUUUCAUUUUCAGAUGUAAACCUGUCUCUCCUUUCUUCCCCACAAAAGCGCACUUGAUUUUGUUAUGAAUGAUAGGAAGUUUAAAUUUCUUGUCUCCUCCACCCCCUAAUUCCUGCUAAAAGCUCCCCUUGGCGAAGAGCCAAUUGGUAAACAUAAUUUAGCCAGCUAUUUACUCCUAUAAAAAUCUGAUUUAAAUUCUAGUCUUUCAGUAACAGAAGACACACAAGAAAUCUGGACUGCCAACUUUGAAGCACUUUGGUCCUCUGCCUGCACUCACACGCUACCACAUCCAGCCCAACUACUUUUGAAUGAAAAAGAGCUGUGCUGUGUAUUCGCAACUUCUGUUAAGUAGUUUGUAUUCCAUUUUAUAUAUUUUGCACAUCUCAGGGGACCUUAAUGAACAUAUGAAAAGGGGGGGUGCCAUCAAAUAGAGAAAACACAUAGAAGAGCUGAAAGGGGACUAGCUGAGUAAAAAUAACAAAUGACUGCUUGUCUGAUGCUGUGAGGCUCAAGCUCAGGAAGCAUAAAGUAAAAGCUAAUCUGGAGUAACAAUGACCUGAACAACAGCUGCUCCCAAAUCUCCCUUUUUUAUAACCCAACCAGCAUUUCCAAAAUGCAAAUUUAGAUUAUAUUGCAGUCACCUUAGGGAGGAAAAAAACCUCUUCAAUGAAAAUGAAAGCAUUGUUCCUUUUUUAGGUUGGCACAGCUUUGUAAAAUUCUACCCAGGAUAAACCACUGAUCACCACAAAGUGUACUUGAAACUAAAGUUUUUAACUUAAAUUAUAGGCAUAUUGCUCACAAUACAAUAGUGAUCAUAUUUUGAAAAGUCUCAUCAUUUAUAACAUGGGCAAUAUUUGGAGCUUGAUUAAAAAACAACACCACCCUAUAAUGACUUUGCAAGUUCAUUUUGGGAUCUCAAGUGCUUCCAAAGCAUUCGUAUUCGCAAACAAUUAACCAAGCAGGUCAUAUUUGUAAUACCCAUACUUGAAAUGAAUAAACAGAAGGAGUGACUUAAGAUUACUUGGAAACACAGUGGCAGCUAUCAGUGAUCUAUUUUCUAUCUGUUGGAUAGACCAUCAUGAGAAAUCACUCAAUGCAAUGCUAUUUUUCUGAUGUGUGCUAAUAAAGUCAAAGAAAACAAAUACAACUUUACACCUUUGUCCAUUUUCAUUCAAAAAAUUCAGGGUGUUUGGAAUUUUACACCUCAGUACACCUUACUGGUAUCAAUUUAUAAAGUGGGAAAUUAACAGAUCCACUCAAAUGACAUUGUUGUCAGAAGUAGAUCUAGACAUGCACUCUUGAUACAGUUUUGUAUUGGGCUUCUAUAAUUCCUGUGCUAAAAUACCAUCUUUCAGGAACAUGACUGCUCCUGGUAGUGGAAGGUGCUGAAACAAAUUUUAAUUAAAAACUUUAUUAAGUAACCUUCACAGUGCUUCUUAGCACAACAGAAAUUCAGUACAAUAUGUUGAGCCCUACUUUGCAGAGUCUGGAUUUUCGAGGGAGCUGAUCUGGUUCUAAGUGUUUUCUCAAAUUAGGAGAUACAAGAUUCUUGAUGAGGAUCUCUGUUGCCACAAGCCAGUUACAGAACGACGGGCAACAUGCUGUCAGGUGACAGUGGACCCCCGUGGAAGCGAUCCCUUCCUUCCCUCUGCCUAGCAUUGCCCUGCCCACUGUCACGGCAUCCAAUACUCUACUGUUCCCCAGCAACUUUUCUGUAUAUUUAGGGCUGGGGAAGCUACAACACAGGAAAACUGAAUGCAAAAGCCAUGGAAAGUAUUGUUGUGCUUUGGGUUAGUAAAAUAUGGGCAGGAAAGAGAUUAUAAUCGGUCUGAUCUUUGCCAAGUAAGAUAAAAGAAUCAGCUGUCACUUCGUCACUCUCCUAGAAGGGUUUACAGUAUUAAGGGUACAUCCAAUAUUCUCCCAUAGAUUUUUAUUUAGGAGACAUUUCAUAUAUGAAAAUAAAUCAUUAUUAAAUUUCCUAGUGUGUUUGAAACAGACAUUGGCCUCUCCCUGAUUGAGUUAAUCUCUGCAUCUUUUGCAGCAGCAUCCCAGAAAGAGAUUCCCCUGUGAUGGCUCCCCUAAUACAUAAAUACUGUGUUGUCACGGUUCUGUAUCUUACAGUUGCUGAUUUGCAAGGUUCAGAAUUCUACAAGGCUCAAGGGGGAGUAAAUCUUCUUAUGAUUGUACAUUAUCAGUCAUCGGGCUUUAAUCGCUCCUGUUGGCUUCAAAUGGGAACACAUACACACCCUACCAACGAGGUUAAGGGACUGUAUUCCAAGUUAAGACAAUGUAAGGCUAGAAACUUGGCUGAUCCACAUCCAGCUGCCUACCUCCCUGUCCAAAGGCUGACCUUGGCACCCCUGUUCCCUUGCUCCCACCAAAAAGAGGUACCAAAUCUGAGAUCUGAGAUCUCCUCCCAUGUCAGUCCUCUGCAGCUACAGGAAAUGCAUCAUGAAGUACACGCCCAGCGGCUCCUUGCCUUCCUGUCCUCCCAGGUCCUCCCUGCCUCCUUCCCAUUGCCCCACCUAGAUACCGAUACACCGCCGUGGUUUCCACAUUGGAAGAGCAAACUAGUGUGUGGUAUUGCGCACACAUGAUGGGCUAGCACUAAGCUGCCCUAAGGUCGCCUUCCUGUAAGUAUUGACAGCUACAAAUUAAGGUCCUUAGAGUAGUUGACAUAAAUACGACUUUCUAGCAGAGAAUUAAAUUUCAAUGUUAAGUUUAAAGGGAUCAUAAUUCUGCAGGUAUCUUUCUCUGAGUGACUGAAUGUGACUAUUGCAUUAGGGUAAAUGAAUUAAGAAGUGCAAGUGGGAUUUACUGUAUGUUAGAAAGGAGUUUUGCAGCCAAGACUGCCUUGAAUAAAAUGUGUUUGCACUGAAAAAAAAAAUUUAAAUUACUUGGUCUCUGGUUGCUGUAAAGGUCAUCCAAGAUGGAUGUUCUGUUUAUAUUGUAUAGUAUUUCAUAUGAAAUAAUUACAGUUCAUGAAAUGUCUUCCCUAAUGUUACUGAUUUAUAACAGCACAUUUGUAACAUGGUUUUUAUCGUGUCAGUGUACCAUAUUGUAAAUGAUGAUUACUUGUCAUGCUUAGUAUAAUAACUUAAAAGAUUAAAAAAGCACAGGGAUUUUUGUAAGUCUAUAUUUGAAAGUCCCUCCAUAUGGUAAUAUUGUGUUCAUGUUGUUUAUGUAGU